GAAUAGCAGGUCUGUUCCAGGAACGGCACUUUCCCUCCCACUCAGCAAAUGCUCUGGAGAAUCCAGAAGGCUACCGAGACUUGAUCUCUUAUGUGGGUUCAAGAGGACUAAGGAGAAAACCUGGGGAGACUAAAGAUGGGAUCAGAAGGAGAAAUGAUCAACCUUCACGCCUCUAACCCUGGCUUUAGCAGGGAAGGUGUAAUCAACAUAAACCAUUAUGCUACCAAGAAAAGUGUGGCAGAGAGCAUGCUGGACGUGGCCCUCUUUAUGGCUAAUGCUGCACAGCUGAAGGCAAUCGUGGAACAGGGACCUUCAUUCCACUAUUAUGUGGCUCUGAUAGUUCUCAUCAGUGUGUCCCUCUUCUUCCAGAUGACCAUUGGGAUUCUCCUUAUUGUGAUGGCUCGACUGAAUCUGAAUGAUGUGGCAAAACAGGAGCGCUUGGACUUGCUCAACAAUAUUACCACAGUCCUAGUUUUCAUCACAGUCAUUAUCAACAUCUUCAUUACAGCCUUUGGGGUGCAGAAGACAGGGCUGUAUCCAAACUUUUAUGGACGAAGAUUCUACUGACUCUUGAAAGGGAUGAUGCACACUGCAGUUGACUGGGACAUCUUUCUGCAGCACUAGAGACCUCAAGCCUGAGAGGCACCCUUUGAUUUUGAUCCAUUUAUAAGCUUCCUUUUUUCUCAACCUGUUUUCUAAUCUGUCGUUCCAUAAGCAGCUCUACACAUCAUUCUGGAAAAAGAUUUCAUACAACUAAAGCAACCUGAUCAGAAAAGGCACAAUCCUAAACGUAAACAGCCCAAAUCUCCCAAGGCCCUGCUAUCUAUGUAGACAUAGGAAACUUAUUGCUGUAUUCAGUUGUUGGAAUCCAGCCUCAAACAGUAUGGCGAAUAGUUUGAGAUCGUAGGAGUUGUUUGGUAGCUGGAGGACAAUAAGUUCCCCAUUCCUGAAUUAUUGCACAUUUUGGGACACAUGCUGGUUAUGACACCAGUUGUUCCAAAUACAGCAGUUCCAGGAUCAUAGAUUUUGGGCACAUUUUCAGCAAUGAAUAUUUUUAGGUUCAAGGAUGUCAUACAUCUAGUUUUUGUUUCAGGAAAACUUACCAUAGCAAUCAGAACAUUGGGAAAUGAGACAUUAUGCUAGAGCAGGGCUGGGUGACUAUGGUAGCUUUAUGAUCUGUGGACUUCAACUCCCAGACUUUUCUGAGUCAGCCAUGCUGUCUUUGGAAUUCUGGGAGUGGAAGUCCACAGGUCAUAAAGUUGUCAUAGUUGCCCACCCUUAGUUUAGAGCAGCAAUGGGGAAUGAUGGCCCUGUUAUGACUUGUGGACUUCAACUCCCUGACUUUUCUGAGUCAGCCAUGCUGGCUCAGGAAUUCUGGGAGUUGAAGUCCACAAGUCAUAAAAGGGCCAUCAUUUCCCACCUCUGUUUUAGAGUCAUAGAGGCUUUCAAACAAACAUGAACUCUCUUCUAAUUGGGAUGUCCUGAUUAGCCAAAGUCCCAUGUCAUUUGCGGGGGGGGGGGGGAAGCAGCCCUGCUUUCACAUACAUACCCAUUUCUCAAGUUCAAAUGUCUAUAAAAAGCAUAUGAACCUUAAUUUUAAAUUUGUAAUUUUUAUUAAUAUUAUCAUGUUGUUAAAAUACAGACCGGUGCAAGCAUUGCCUCUAUACGGUAUAUGAUAAAGAAGCCACAGUACAAAUUUCUGCUAACUUUAAUAACAAGAUUUAUAGGCAUGCACAUUAUUUUAAGGUUUUACAGAUUAAUCUUCUUUUGCAAUGAGUGAAAGGCUCUGAAAACUUGUUUUGUAUUCUAUUUUUACAUUAUUUGAAAAGGCAGUUGGGUUGUCAUAGUUGCAACUGGGACAUCCUUCGAUAUUCCAAAUAUUAUUUUCUUUCUCUUUAUGUAUUAAAAUAUAUUUUAUCCAAA